AUGACCUAUCGCGAGCUUGAGACACGGGCCAAGGCACUGAGCCUGCGAUUAAUACAGGCUGGGGCGGGCCCAGAGGUCGUGGUACCAGUGCUCUUUGAGAAAUCCGGUUGGACACCAGUCGCGAUGCUUGCAGUGCUCUUUUCUGGGGCCGCGUUCGUUCUCUUGGAUUCCUCAUUCCCUGAUGGACGGUUGAAGACGAUGUGCGAGGAUACUAGAGCCACAGUGGGAGUCUGCUCCGCUCAAUAUGCAGCCCGCGGUGCGUCCAUCGGGUUGAAGCAAGUCAUCACUCCAAACAUUGUACAUUCGCAAGACUCGAAUGUAUCUCUUCCACAGGCGGUUCGUCCCGGGAACAUGGCGUAUGUUGCCUUUACCUCGGGAUCCACGGGCAAGCCUAAGGGCACCGUGAUCGAACAUUCUGCGUUCUGUACAAGUGCCGUGGCCUUCGGAGAAAUCUUUCGGUAUACUUCUUCCACGCGCGUCCUGCAAUUUGCAUCAUAUGGGUUCGAUGCCAGCGUGGGAGAGGUACUCGGGCCGUUGAUGGCAGGCGGGUGUGUCUGUGUACCAUCGGAACAGGACCGCCAGCAAGACCUAGGGAACGCUUCGGAACGUCUAGGUGCCAAUUUUGCCUUCUUUACCCCGGCGGUUCUUCGGACACUGAAUCCUGACGAGUUUCCAUCUCUGUCGAUGAUAGUCUGUGGGGGCGAAAAAUUCACCUUGAAUGACAUACAGCCAUGGGCAGAGCAAAAGAUCUUCAUGAAUGCCUAUGGCCCUUCCGAAUGCUCGGUUUUCUCAUCUACAUGGCUAAGCCUGUCCGCAACGCCGGAUACCGCUAGUAUAGGGUACCCCACCGAGUGUCACUUCUGGAUUGUGGAUGGUGAUGAUUCCAACCGACUAGCCCCCGUCGGCGCUGUCGGAGAAUUGAUGAUCGAAGGCCCAAUCGUCGGCCGUGAAUAUAUUAAUCGACCCGAGCAGUCUGCACAAGUCUUUCUUCGGAAUCCAGCUUGGAUUCGUCCAUUUCGCACGUCGCCGUGGACCUUUUAUCGGACAGGUGAUCUGGUGCAAUUGGAACCAGACGGGACAAUGCGCAUACUUGGACGCAAAGAUCACCAAGUUAAGCUCCAUGGUCAGCGAAUCGAGCUUGGAGAGAUCGAGCAUGCUAUUCAUGAGGCAUUCCCAGAGUUGAAGCGCGUGAUCGCAACAGUUGUGAAGCGAGCAUCUCCCGUCUUGGUUACUUUUCUGUUGGGGGCUGAUGGGAAUGGUGGAAAUCAAGGCGCGAAAUCUGUCGGCUCAACGUUUCUCAAACCUUCGAGGACUUUCCAGCAAGCCUGUCAGGUGGCUAUUGACACUCAUCUUCGGCAGCGGUUACCAAAUUUUAUGAUUCCGAAAUUGUGGUUCCCAGUAGAUGAGCUGCCGCUCACGCCAAAUGGCAAGGUAGACGGUCGUCUCCUAGUAGCAGAGGUGGAACGACUGUCGCCGGAAGAGGUAUUCAAGUAUACUCUCGCCUCGGGAGACCGUCGGACCGCAGCGCAUGAUGAGAUGGAAAGCCGAGUUCAGCGCUGGGUUGCUCAGGCGCUGGGGGUUCAACAGAAGCAGGUCGCUCUAGACGCAAGUUUCUUUGGCCAAGGUGGCGACUCGCUGGCUGCAAUGAAGGCAUCCGCCUUGGCCCGUAAAGAAGACAUCAAUCUUAGCCCAUUUGCGCUUCAAGAAGCCGAAUCGCUCACUAUAUUGGCCAAACAACUCGAUAGAAAAAAUCACAGUCCUAUCAGGAAGGAACAGUUGGUUCCUCAAUUCAUUCAAGACACCGACGGCGCUAUCCAGGAUGCACUCUCAUGCCAAGUUCCGGGAAUACGAUCCGUCGACAUCCAGCAUAUCCUCGCUGGCACCGAACUGCAGGGGUUAUUCCUUCAUCUGCCAUGUGAAUAUUUUCGAUUUGAGCUUCAAGGUCCGCUGGAUGUCUGUCGAUUGCAGUCUGCCAUCCAAUUGCUUCAUGAGCGACACGAGAUUCUCCGGACUGUUGUCUUCCAUACCCACAGAUGCAGAAAGACGUAUCAGGUCGUUGUGCGAGAAUUUGCGCCUCAACUUGAAGUACUCGAGGGGGCCCAAUCGCCACUCUGGACCGCCGACCAAUGGAUUUUCAAUGACAAUAUAAAGACAAACGCAAACCAGCGCCCCUUGUGGCCUGCUGCUCGAUUCUUUCUGGCCAAGAAGGACGCACAGACGAGUGAGAGUUGCCUAGUUAUUGGAAUCAAGCAUUCACACUAUGAUGCCAUCUCCAUCACAACCUUGCUGAACGACUUGGCUACCCUUUAUCAGCACGGACCCGAGUCUCUCCCACCUGCUUUGUCUUUUGGCCAGUACCAGGCCUUCGCUGCAUCUCUCCCAAUUAGCGAAACCAUCGAAUUUUGGCGACAGGCCUUGCAUGGCUCAUCGCCGUUUUAUGUUGGACGCCGUCGAGUCCUCGCUCCUGUCUCCAUAGUGGAUGCAAGUCGCACUAUUCCCUUAGUGCGGCCACCCCCGGGUAUCACUCUAGCCACGCUUGUGAAGACUGCCUGGGCAAUGACCCUGGUACAGCAGUCUGGCAAGGAUGAUGUCGUGUUUGCGCAAAUCGUUAGUGGUCGUUCCCAGGGUCCGGAGGGUAUCCAAGACGUAGUCGGGCCGUGCAUGAACAGUAUUCCCGUUCGCGUCUCGUUGGCUGGGGAAAAAUACAACUCUUUGGCAGUUGAGCUGAUGCAGGCAGUGCAGUCGCAACACGUUCAGUCACUAUUUCAUGAAACCAUCGAUUUCACGACGUUGCGAGAUAAAUGCACGAAGUGGGGCUCAGGUGCCUGGAUCGAGACUUUGGUUCUGCAUCAGAAUAUCGUACCCGAUGAUGAAUAUCAAAUUGGGGAGGCCUCUGGUAAGAUGGAGCAAAUCUAUCCGGAGGUUGUCACAGAUGAGUUUAUUCUUUAUUCUGUUCCUCAAGCUGAGAACCACGAGUUCCGUCUUGCGGUCCCUAAAGGAGUGCUUGAUCUCGACACCGUCAGUCAUUUUGUUGCCGAAACAUGCCAUUGGGUGCAGACACUGGCAGUGCAUCCACAGAUACCUGUUGGUGACUUGAUGUUGCAAAGGAAGGCUGACUUGGAUUCCGCGACGAAAUGA